UGUUUCUCCGUCGUGCGGUUUCCCAGGUGUUUUGCGAAUCAGUUUGCCGGUUUGUUUACGUUUUGUGGAUUGCUGGAGCAUUGUCGCGCGGGCUAUUUCCGGUGAAAUACGAGUGGCUUCGGUGUAGAAUUUGAUUCUUGCGGUGAUCGAAUCGAUUGGUGUUCAUAAAUCGGCGAUUUCAGUGAAAAGUGUUCAGUGCGAAACAGUGCUCUCUGAAAGUGCUCCGGUGUGGUGCAGUUCAAGGUCGUUAGAAGUGCUCAACAAUCAAUCAGGAGUGUAAUUCCCGUGUGUUUAACAAUGGAAGGUGAAUCAUCGAGUGUGGCUGCUGGCCCGAGCACCGUGGCCGUGUCCGCUGUUCCGGAGGUGAUUGGUGACACCAAGGCGGGAGAGGAAUCCGUGAAGGCCGUCGCCGCUGCCGCGGUGGCCACGUUUCGCAACGUAAACACGCAACACGGUGAUUAUCGUAGCGUUGAUGAGGAAAAUAUUGUCGUGUUUCGAGUGUGCCACUCGCCGGAGCCGAAACCGGUCCUGGCGGAGGAUGGACAGGAGCAGCCGGUCGUUUGGAUCGAGGAGUUUGUUCCGCCGGAAAAUGAGGUAAGUGCCGCCACAUCCUGCGCUGAUACUUGGCAGCCGUGCUUCCAAGCAGUUAGAACUUGGCUUGUGUGAACUCUGCGAGCAUAUGCACAUACAUAUUGGAACAGCAAACAGGCGACCUCCACGAAGGCGGAGGAGACGAUCAACACCGAGGAGAGGUUACAACUCGUAAAUGUACCCCACUAUCUGUGGGGCCAGAUACACGCGGCGACGCAGCAGCAAAGGUAAGUGCGGGAAACUUUGCGAACAAAUAAAAUACAUGUGCCAAGAACUGUUAAGAUUUCUUUUUUCUUCGCCUCUGGCUCGUAGAUUUGGUUCAUGCGAGGAUUCAUACCUGUAGGAAACAAUUUCCCACUCCGUUUCUGGCGAUCCUUGCUCCUGUAGAGAUACCAUCUG